UGCCUAUUACUCUUCAGUAAUUUAUAAAUCUGAAGAUGUAUGUUCUAUAACUAAAGAUAUACUUUCUGUAACUAAAUAUAUACUUCCUGUAGCUAAAGAUAUAUUAUCUUCUGGAAUUAAACCUUUUCGUUUACUUCUUUUAACAAAAAAACUUUCAUUACAUAUUAAUACAUCUAAACCUAGGCCUACUCUUA